GAAGCCUAGCGGGCACAGCGCGGGCUCGCGAGUGCGCUUGCGUCCUCUCCGGAAGGUGGUCGAGGAGGUUUUAAGUAACUUGGCCGCCUGGGUUUUUCUGCUUACCCAUCCUUUCAGUGCCUUCUUAGUCCAGGCUGGCCUUCGCGAACCAACUGCCGACCUUCCAUCCUGCCCUGGUCUCUGAGCGAGGGUCUUCCACUUUUUACUCAUGAGAGACUGAAGCCAGGUUGAGAGACUCCAGAAGAUGUCAGCUCAAGGCCAUGCCUGGUCCCGACAGGUAAAGAAGGAGGAUGAAGAAGAGGACCCGCUGGAUCAGCUCAUCUCCCGCUCCGGCUGUGCUGCUUCCCACUAUGCAGUGCAGGAGUGCAUGGCCCAGCACCAGGACUGGAGGCAGUGCCAGCCACAGGUGCAGGCCUUCCGGGACUGCAUGAGUGAACAGCAGGCAAGGCGACGGGAGGAACUGCAGAGGCUGAAAGAGCAAAGCAGCGCCCACCGCUGAGACCCCAGACCACCUAUCCCCAGAGGAUGGCCCUGUGGAAACUAACACUCAGACAGAUCAUGGGAGAAAGAAAUCCUGAACAGUGGAAGUUUGGGCCAAGAACUGUAAGACUUGGGGAUAGUAUUUGGGCCUGGGGCUGAGAGCCAGGCAGCCGUGGGUUUGGACAUGAGCUAUCAUAUUGAGAUCCCACACAUCCUCAUCCAUAUUGUGUCACCAAUAUUAAAUAUUGACCAGUAUUUGCCAUGUAAAAUAGUGGGGUUAAGGGAUGCUCUCCUAUGCUACAUCUUGGGUCAGGGUGCCAAGUACUGUGCUGAUUACAUGGACAUUUAAUUUUAAAGUAAAUUCAUAAUCUAAAGGUAAAUUGGUUUUAUGAGACCUCAUGUGCCAUGCACUGUGUAGGAAACUGAUGUAAUGCAAAUAUAUCUCCCUUCAUAUUGCUUUAGUCUGGUUUGAGAGAGAAACAAAACACUGGAACAACUAAUUUCUGAUAAUGAUACAAAUGACUUUAUCUUUCAUCAGUUGUUCUGGAUGUUUCAGUCAGUCUAAUGGAAGGAAGAAGGCAAAUGGGAAAACAAAUACUAAGUGCCUCUCAUAUGUCAGACUCUGUUGUAUUAACAGAUACAGAGUCUGAUUUCAACAUGCUCCCAACCAAAGAAAUACAUAAAGUUGACUUGAUGUUUAAAAAGCAAUUUAACAUAACAUGCAGAUUUUCAGUUUUUGAAAAGUUUUUAGAAUCUGUCAACAUGGAGCUUAUAUUCCUACUUUAAUAGCAAUUUGCUGGAGCUGAAUGAAUGAUUCUCCUUUUAGGUGGAUGUGUACUGCAGCUCACAACAGUUGCCAUUGCUUUCCAUUUUUCUUCCAUAGAAGUGCAUUACCCAUUCUGUUGUUUUGCCUCUGACAUUUGGGAGUGGGAAGGGAGUUGAGAGAGUGACCAUUGCUAUAGAACUGGAAUGAAAAGGGACAUAUGCUGUCAUCAUCAUCAGAAACAUUUCUUGAGCAUAUGUAUAUAUAUACACAGAAGCACAAAUCUGAAAUAGAAUAGGCCCUAAAACUACUUUGAGCCUUUCUGUUGGUAUUUGGGAAGGAGAAAAAGAGAAAAGAGGAGAAGUUAAGAGGAAUUCAAGUUCGAAGAACCAUAAAAUCCCAUUUCAAGCAGAAAGAAAGAACUGUGUGUAUGUGUGUAAAAGGAUGAAUGAAUCUGUUGGGCCAUGUGUGCUGUGCUGUGGUUCAUCAGAGGUAGCAGUGUGAACUACAUCUGUCAGCAAGAGUCUCAAAGAGAAGGGAGUUAGUUGACACUGUUAAAGACAAAGUAAACAGUACAUAUUUGUAAUAUAUAUAGCAGAAAGGAUUACAAUCUGCAACAAAUAAAAAGUACCUAGAGGGAUUUCCCUGGUGGUCCAGUGGUUAAGACACCACGAUUCCAUUGCAGGGGCAUGGAUUCGAUCCCUGGUCAAGGAACUAAGAUGCUACAUGCCACUUGGGACAGCCAAAACAAAACAAAAAAAUGGACCUAGAAACAGUAAGAAAAAGCAAAUAGCCCAACUGAAAAGUGAACAAAGUUAACUAUGCCCCCAAAACAUAGGAAAAUGUAAAUAUAUUCUACAUCACUCAUAAUCAGAGAAAUACAAAUUUUAAAAACAGAAGUAGAAUUAGUUCAUCCUGUUGACAAAAAUGAAAAGUAUUUAUAAUGACCAAUGUUCUUGGGGAUGGAGAGAGACACAUUCACACUACUGUAGGGAUCAUAAAUUAAUAAAGUUUUUUUCAGGGCAAUUUGGUGAGAUUUAUAAAUAUUUUAAAUAUUUAAAAGCAAUUCCUCUUUUAGGAAUCCUCUUAAACAUCUUAUAAAAUGUGUACACUAUUGUUUUCAUUGCAGCAUGUGUUUAAUAGUGAAUAAAUGGUCAUGGUAUGAAGUCGCA